AUGAUUAAGUCCCCUUGCUCGUAUGAAGUUAACAAGUUUUACAACUGGAUCCACGACGUGAUUAAGCUGCAAUACAGACUUACACAGAGACUCCUGAUGAAUGAUGCAGUAAAACUCACUGGCUGUAAACUCAACACGACACAUAAACUACUCACAGACACAUCCUGUGAAGAGUUGGCCUCAGUUCUCAGUUCAAACCCCUCACACCUGAGAGAGCUGGACCUGAGUAACAAUGACCUGAAGGAUUCAGGAGUGAAGCUGCUCUCUGCUGGACUGGGGAAUCCCCACUGUAAACUGGAGACUCUGAGGCUGUCAGGCUGUCUAGUCACAGAGGAAGGCUGUGCUUCUCUGGUCUCAGCUCUGAGGUCAAACCCCUCACACCUGAGAGAGCUGGACCUGAGCUACAAUCACCCAGGAGACUCAGGAGUCAGACUGUUCUCUGCUGGACUGGAGGAUCCACACUGCAGACUGAAGAAACUCAAUGUGGAACAUGGUGGAGAGAACAGAAUGAAACCUGGACUUAGAAAAUAUGUCUGUGAUCUCACACUGGACCCAAACACAGUAAACAGACGCCUCUCUCUGUCUGAGGAGAACAGAAAGGUGACAUGUAGGAGAGAGAAGCAGCCGUAUCCUGAUCACCCAGAGAGAUUUGAGGGCUGUGGACAGGUGCUGUGUAGAGAGGGUCUGACUGGGCGCUGUUACUGGGAGGUAGAGUGGAGUGGAAGAGGGGCUGUUAUAGGAGUGACAUAUAAAGGAAUCAGCAGGAGAGGAGGGGGUAAUGACUGUUGUCUUGGACACAAUGACAAGUCCUGGAGUCUGUCCUGCUCUGACAACAGUUACUCUGCCUGUCACAAUAAUAAUCCCACUACCAUAGACGUCCCCUCCUCCAGAUCCCACAGAGUAGGAGUGUAUCUGGACUGGUCAGCCGGCACACUGUCCUUCUAUAGAGCCUCCUCUGACACACUGACCCACCUGAUCACAUUCACCUCCACAUUCACUGAGCCCCUCUAUCCAGGGUUUAGGGUUUAUUAUGAAUCCUCAGUAUCUCUGUGUCAGUGA